AUGGCAGGGACCCUUGAGGGCAAAACCGCCCUGAUCACCGGCGCCGCCAGCGGAAUCGGCAAAGCCACCGCCCACAAAUUGGACAGUCUCGGCGCCACCCUGAUCUUAUCUGAUAUCAACGAAGAUGCCCUGCAGCAGCUCCAAUCCGAGCUAUCCAGCAGCCCUCGCGCCUCGUCCCACAUCUACCGCCCCUGCGACGUCUCCAUCAGCACAGACUGCACCCGUCUCACCCAGGCCGUGAAGUCCUCCUUCGAACGCCUCGACUUCCUGUUCAACUGCGCCGGGAUCAACCCCACGAAUAUCCCCAUCCUCGAAACCACCGAGGACUACUUCACCAAGCUGGUAGACGUCAACCUCCGCGGCACCUUCAACAUGUGUCGCGCCUGCGUGCCCCUUAUGCAGAAGGGAUCUGUGAUGGUGAAUGUCUCCAGUGUGUGCGGUCUCAAGGGGUACCCGGGGUACUCGGUCUACUGUGCGACCAAGUUCGGGAUUAUCGGGUUCACGAAAGCGCUGGCCGCGGAGCUGGGACCCCAAGGCAUUCGGGUGAAUGCCGUUGCGCCGGGGCAUACCAAUACGCCGACGAUGGUGGGGAAUGUAGCUGGUGGGGAUGCAAAUGCGCGCAUCGUCAAGGAGGUCCCGUUGGGGCGGUUGGGGGAGCCCCGUGAGGUGGCCGAUGUUGUGGCCUUCUUGUUUAGUGAGGGAGCGUCGUACAUGUCGGGCAGUGUGGUCGAGAUCACUGGGGGCGUGGUUUAG